AUGACGACAUCCUGGGAAGAUGCCGCGACGAAGAAGCGUGAAGCCGUUCUCGCGCUGAUACCUGCCGAGUGGCGUGUCGACAACUUGCCGUCUGUGAAACAGCAGGUCGAUGUCACGGAAUACAUCAACCAGUACUUGUCCGAGGAAGAGCUGGUGAUCACUGAGAGCGAUGCAGAGCAGAUUGUCGAGAAAACCACAUCAGGCUCGUGGACAGCCGAAAAAGUCACGAGAGCCUUCUGCCACAGAGCGGCAUUGGCGCACCAGUUGCUUCACUGCAUCCACGAGAUUUUCUUCGAGGCAGCUAUUGCAGAUGCGAAGAAGCUUGACGCCUAUUUCGCAGAGCACAAGCAACCUGUUGGCGCGCUCCAUGGUCUCCCCGUCUCGCUGAAGGAUCAGUUCCAUGUGAAGGAUGUUGAGACAACCAUGGGCUACGUAGGCUGGAUCGACACGUUCGAAGGCAAAAAGGGGACUGGCAAAGAAAAGGUCUUCGAGAGUGAGAUGGUGCGCGAGCUGAGGGCAAGUGGAGCGGUGCUGUACUGCAAGUCGAGCGUUCCGCACACGCUCAUGUCUGGUGAAACGGUCAAUAACAUCAUCGGAUGGACGCAGAACCCCAAGAAUCGCAACCUGAGCAGUGGAGGCAGCUCGGGUGGUGAAGGCGCACUGAUCGGAAUUCGAGGAUCGCCAGUGGGACUUGGCACCGACAUAGGCGGCUCGAUCCGCAUCCCCGCCGGCUUCAACGGGCUGUACGGCCUACGUCCCUCAAGUGGCCGUCUACCGUACGAAGGCAUGGCCAACUCAAUGGACGGGCAAAACACCGUACUCUCAGUCGUCGGCCCCAUCGGCCCAACCGCCUCAUCCCUCCGCCUCGUCACCAAAGCCCUGCUCUCCCAGCAACCAUGGCUCCACGACCCCCUCGUCCACGAAAUCCCCUGGCGCAGCGAGCACGAGCACUCGAUCCAGAAACUCCUGCAGACCAUCAGCUCCCCCGUCCCCGCGGAGCAAAGACUAACAUUCGGCAUCCUCGCCACCGACGGCGUCGUAACCCCAACAACCCCCGUCCGCCGCGCCCUCGGCCUAGUAACGCGCGCCCUCGAAGCCGCCGGGCACUCGACCAUCCCAUGGACGCCACCCUCGCACGAGACCCUCAACAAUACAAGCUUCAAAACCUGGCUCUUCGACGGCGGCGCCGACGUCCGCGCCGCCUUCGCGCUAUCCGGCGAACCCAUGUCAGCCCAGGUCUCGCUCUACAGCGCCCCGCACCCAGAGUACACGGCUACAUCCAUCGCAGCGACCAACGUCGCUUUGCGGGGCCUGAGAAAGGAGCACCUGGACUACUGGCUCAGCACUGCGUCGCAGACGAGCACGGGGCGGCCCGUCGACGCGGUCAUUAGUCCGCUGGCGCCGUGGCCCGCCGCGAGGGAGCAGAGAUACAAGUACUACGGGUACACGACGUGGGUCAACGCGCUGGACUACACGGCCGUGGCGUUCCCAGUCACGAGGGUCGAUGCAGCUGUGGACACCAAGACGCCGAAGGAAGGGUUCGAGGCGCUAAAUGCGCAGGAUCGGGAGGUGCAGGAUGAUUAUGAUCCUGACAUUUACCACGGCGCACAUGUCGGUCUGCAGGUCGUGGGGCGCAGAUUACAGGAGGAGAAGAUGUUGGCUAUAGCCGAAUAUAUUGGGAAAUUGAUCGGGGCGUAG